AUGUCCAUCUUUCUGGCCCUGCUCUUCAAAACGCCUAAAUCGUUCGACGAAGAUUUCGAGGAGGGUGCAGAGUAUCUGAUGGAUUGCAUAGGACGUCGUUACCAAUUGCUCAACGGAGAAUCUCAACCUUCUGAAAGCAUUGGUAAGUCAUAA